UUUUACCCAGAUCGCCCUCCAGCGGACUGUUAGGGAGCGGACCCACCGCGCACCGCCUCCUGCUGUGAGCAGUGAUGCGGAGGAGGAAGCCGUCCGGGCCGGGCUGCUGCUGCCGUGACCUCCCCUCUCUCUGGUUAACCCUCGUUGUUCCGGUUCAGUUCUCCGGGUUUCAGUGUUUCUCUGCCGGAGAUCCAGCGGAUCGUUGCUCCUCCUGAGGCACAAACCGGCUGAAGGCAGCGGGAACCGGAGCCUCCACCUCCCUGCCAUUGUACUGGAGCUAUUGCUGGGAGAUUUCUGAAAUUUUAGGUCGCCCCGGAUCUUCAGCCUGCGAGACCCUGAAGGUUCUUAAAGGUUCUCGGUUCUUGAUGCCGCGGAGGCCCCGGGGAGCUCAGACUGCGGAGCCCCGGAACAGGGCUCGGACACCGGGGAAUUAGUGGAGGGUUCUGUCUGUGCGGUCGGACCCCCGGUUCCAUCUACCAUGAACCCUCUGAACCAAAUGAAGAGCGGACUGGGCAGCAACCCCCACAGUGACGGCUCCUACCCGUACGACCCGUCCAGCUGGCAGCAGCCCACCAACCAGCCCACCAGCUCGCUGUCGGUGGUCACCACGGUGUGGGGCGUCACCAACCCCUCUGCCAGCCAGGGUCUGGGUGGAGGAGGGAUGGGGCAUGGGGCCAACCCCGGUGGGGGCCCCAUGAUGCAGGGCCAUGGGGGCCCGGGCAUGUCUGGAGGCCACGGCGGCUACAUGGGGCAGCAAGGCUACGGAGAACCCGGAAAGGGCUACAUGAACCAGGGGAUGUACGGCCGGGCGAGCGGGAGCUACGCCGGGGGCCCCGGGGCCUACACAGGCAGUUACCCACAGAACCCGGCCGGGCCCAGGGGUUCCGCUGAGUUCACCCAGGCUGCAGCCGCCGCUGCUGUGGCUGCAGCCGCCGCCGCCACGGCAACCGCCACCGCCACGGCGACCGUAGCCGCCAUCCAGGAGAAACAGAACCAGGAGAUGAACUUUGGUCAGAUGGGCGGCCAAGGCUACAACAACCAGUUCAUGGGGCUCUCGGGGCCUCGUGGUCCUGGCAUGGCCCCCGGAGGUAUGGGUCAGGGCCCCGCCCCCACCAGAGGCCCUCCCCCCAUGGGUUCUAUGUACGGGCCUGGAGGGGUCCAGCAAAGAGUCCCUCAGCAUCCAAGCUACGGCCCUGGGUCGCAGCAGGGACACAUGAGGCCCCCACAGGGCCUCAAACGGCCCUAUAACUCUGAGCAGGCGUUCUCAGGGAUGCCCCAGCAGUACGGUGUUCCUGGUGGCAAUGUGAUGAGUGGUCCUGGGGGACCCGGGGGCCCCAUGCCAGGCUCAGGUGGAGCCGGUCCCAAUGGACCCGGUCCGUACUCUGGACCCAACAUGCAGUACCACCCAGGUACCAAUAGAGGUUCUGGUGGUCCAGGCCCCGCCCCCCAGUGCCCUGGCUCCUCCCCCUCCUAUCAGAGCCAUAAGAUGCCCCUCCCACAGUACCCGCCAUCAGGAGGUCCAAACUCCCAGUUCUACAAGCAGGACCAGUUCAACGGUCCGCCUGGAAACCUAAACGCUCUGCCAGCAGGGGGCGCUGGUGGAGUUUACGUCUCCUUCAACCAACAAUCAGGGCCGGGUCGAGGUCUGCCCGGAUACCCAUCCUCCCCCGUCCCCGGGAACCCGACUCCGCCCAUCACCCCCGGCAGCUCCAUGGCGCCGCCCUACAUGUCACCUGGUAGUACGGACAUCAAGCCCAUGCCUUCCUCCUUCAUUUCGGACAUCAAACCCAACGUGGCCGGCCUGGCCCCGCCCACAGGUAACCCGAGUGACGACCUGCGCCUGAACUUCCCGGUCAGGGACGGCGUGGUUCUGGAGCCGUUCCGGCUGGAGCACAACCUGGCUGUAAGCAACCACGUGUUCCAGCUGCGCGAGUCCGUCUACAAGACGCUCAUCAUGAGGCCCGACCUGGAGCUCCAGUUCAAGUGUUACCACCAUGAGGACCGGCAGAUGAACACCAACUGGCCUGCCUCUGUCCAGGUCAGCGUCAACGCCACACCGCUCAACAUCAAACGAGGAGACAACAAGACCUCCCACAAGCCCCUGUACCUGAAGCAGGUGUGCCAGCCGGGAAGGAACACCAUCCAGAUCACCGUCACCGCCUGCUGCUGCUCCCACCUGUUCGUCCUGCAGCUGGUCCACCGCCCGUCCGUCCGGUCUGUGCUGCAGGGUCUGAUGAAGAAGAGGCUGCUGCCUGCAGAGCACUGCGUCACCAAGAUUAAGCGAAACUUCAGCAGCGGCUCCAUUCCUGGGACCCCCGGGCUGAACGGAGAGGACGGCGUGGAGCAGACGGCCAUCAAGGUGUCCUUAAAAUGUCCCAUCACCUUCAGACGGAUCCAGCUGCCCGCCAGAGGCCACGACUGCCGACACAUACAGUGCUUCGACCUGGAGUCCUACCUGCAGCUCAACUGUGAGAGAGGAACCUGGAGGUGCCCGGUGUGCAAUAAAACGGCUUUGCUGGAAGGACUGGAAGUGGACCAGUACAUGCUGGGAAUCCUCAUCUACGUCCAGAACUCCGACUACGAGGAGAUCACCAUCGACCCGGUCUGCAGCUGGAAGCCGGUUCCCGUGAAGCCCGACGUCCACGUGAAGGAGGAGCCGGACGGGCCCGUCCUGAAGCGCUGCCGGACGCUCAGCCCCAGUCUGAUGGUGCUGCCCAGCGUCAUGGAGAUGAUCGCGUCCCUAGGCCCCGCCCCCUCCUCGGCCCCUCCCUCCACCUCCUCUCCCAUGCCGUACCCCUCCCUGUCCUCGGCAGGCGGCAACAACGGCCGGAACACGCCGGACUUCCCGGGAUCAGCUCCGUCUUUUCCCGCUGCUUCUGCCACCUUCUCGGACUUCGGGGGGCCCGGUUCUCCCAGCAUCAGGAACUUCUCCUCCCCCGGCCCGCCCCCCCUCUCCUACCAGCCGGAGCUGUCCAGUGCCCUCCUCACCCCCGACAAGCCUCCCCCCCAUCCGCUGGGCUCCCAGAUGUCGGCCCGUUUGGACUCCGCCUCCCAUGGAGCCUCUCUCCCCCAGCAGCAGCCGCAGGGUCUCCAUGGUAACGGUCAGAUGAUGCAGCGCAACAACCAGAACCCUCGUUUCCAAGGCGACAGCUCGUUUGGACUGGGAGGGUCUACGGAUGUUCCAGAACCUUCUCUGGACCUGCUUCCAGAACUGACCAACCCGGACGAGCUGCUGUCCUACCUCGGUCCGCCAGACCUUCCCAACAACAACGACGACUUGCUGUCUCUGUUCGAGAACAACUGACGAUCCGGACCGGACCUGUCUGCAGCCGGAACCGGCCACAGAGCAGAACUUUAGUGUUUGGACCCGUGUUGUUCCUGAAGUCGGUUGUGACGUUUUCAUUUUUCUUGUUUUAUCUUCUCAAGCUGAAGUCGGACUCGGCGCUCCGACCGAUCGGAUCGCUGCAGCUGACUGGUUCUGAAUGAGGAGAUGGUUCGGUUCUGGUUCUGGGCCCAGAGGCUGCAGAACCUAAAUGAAGUUCUUCAUGUUCAGACAUUUUCUCCUGGUUCUGUCUAAGCUAACUGGACCUGUCAGUGGUUCUGAUUAAGGACUGGUUCUGGUACCGUUAAGCGGCUCCAUCCCAGCAUCC